AUGGCGAAGAAGAUUGAGCAGUGGGAAAUCGAGCGAUAUUGGGAGAUCUUCUCGUCGCUGUCCAACGGACAACCAAGACUCAACAACUCCCAAGCAGCUAGCGUUCUCCGCAACAGCCGACUGCGCGAUGAACAGCUCGAAAAAGUCUGGGAUUUGGCAGAUGUAGACGGCGAUGGAGAACUAGAUUUUGAGGAAUUCUGCGUUGCGAUGCGCCUGAUUUUUGAUCUUGUCAAUGGAGAAUACCGAGAAGUCCCACGAGUACUACCCGACUGGCUAAUUCCUGAAUCAAAGGCUCACUUAGUACAAGCAAGUGCAGCAUUGACUGGUGGCCAAGAGCAGUUUGAGCGGAUAGAGGAUGAAGACGACACACCUGGAUUAAAGGAUGGGUUUGACUGGUACAUGAGUCCGAAUGAUAAAGCGAAGUAUGAAGAAAUUUUCAGCGCAAAUAAAAACCACCGCGGUGAAGUAACAUUUGAUUCACUACAACCCCUUUACGACUCGUUGGAUGUCCCGGACACAGACGUCAGAUCAGCAUGGAAUCUGGUCAAUCCGUCUGCUUCCCUCACCAUCAACAAAGACGCCACUCUUGCCUUUCUCCACAUCCUGAACUUUCGCCACGAAGGUUACCGCAUCCCUCGCACCGUCCCACCAUCACUGCGCGCCUCCUUUGAAUCGAAUAAGAUAGACUAUCAACUGGACAAUGUCCGCCCCGCCCAAAAAUGGGGAGUGGAUGGGGAUACCGAGACGGCAACAGGCCGCAAAUCCAAAUUUGGAGAUACCUACCUCAGCCGAUUAGGGGUUAAAUCUAGCUACCGCCCACAAGGCACGGAUUUCAGUACCACGAUCCAAGACGAAGAAUGGGAGAAGGUGCGACUCCGCAGAGAAUUAGCCGAGCUAGAGUCCAAGCUCGAAGCCGCCAAUCGUGCCUCGGAAGAAAGACAGGGACUCCGGGAUCGUCCACGAAAUGACGGCCAGCCUAAUUGGGCACUUAUAAAGAAGGAAGCCCUUCAACUUCUGGAGUAUAAGGAACGGGAACUACGGGAGACAAGGGAGGGAAGCGGUCGAACCAAAGAUGGACAAGAUCUGGAGCGAUUGAGAGAGGAUAUUCAGACCGUAGCCGACCAGGUGGAUGGCCUCAAAAGUCACCUUGGGAAACGAAACGAAAUAUUAGCCGAUCUGAGGCGACAGAUUGAAGAUGAAAAGGCUAGUCGAUAG